UUUGACUUGGUCAUUUUUCAAUCUUCCACGAUGGUCCACUGGGUGUGUAAGCCGUUCGCGGAGCUCUCUGCCUCGCUCCUCUACGACAUGAUGGCCGUGCGCUGCGAGGUCUUUAUCGUCGAGCAAUCAUGCGCCUACUUGGACUCGGACAACGUCGACAAGCUCCCGAUCGUGUACCACUUGGCCGCGCUCGCCGACGACGGCGCCAUCAUGGCCUACGCCCGACUCCUCGGCCCUGGUACGAAGGGCGCGUCGCAGCAACUGCCCAUGAUUGGCCGCGUCCUGACGUCGCCCAAGCACCGCGGUGGCGGUCUCGGGAAGCAGCUCAUGCAGGAAGCGAUCGCCGAGUGCUCGCGGCGAUGGCCAGGCAAAGCCAUCGAGAUUAGCGCCCAAGUGUAUCUGGAAGGCUUUUACAAGUCGCUCGGCUUUGCAGCCACGUCCGAACCGUACGAUGACGAUGGUAUUAUGCACAUGGAUAUGGUCCGUCCGCCGUCGCAGUAGCUGCUUCCAGUCGUAAAUACAUGCAAUGUUAAUCAACACCUAAAUCGACGUCGAUGAGCCGUUGUUGCUCGAGCGGCCAUUGCUCA